AUGAUCUCCGCCAUCUCCCUGACAUCAAGGAUGCUCUUCUCUAUCAAAAAGGGAUCCCUCGACGAAGCCGUCAAGUUUUACAGUAUGGUGGCCUACAUGCGUAAGACCUUCUAUGUUGCUACUUGGCUCGCUGUCUUCUUCUUCUUGGGCAGCAUUCUGUUCGGGGUAUUCAGCACCUGCUGCUGCUCCGGCUGCUCGCCCUACGGUCGCAUGGACCGCCAAAACAGCGGCGUCAUCGUUGAGAAGCCCCCAUAUACCUACGAGCUUCUCGGCGCUACAGUCCCGCAUUCGUACGGCACCCGGUAG